CCGGCUCCAGGCAGCCCUCCCUUGCGCCUCCCCAGGCGGGGAUGCUGCGGCUCGGCUGCGGGCUGAGGGACCUCGGAGCAGGACCCAGUGCUCUGGGUUCUGUUCGGCUUCCUUUGGGCGCUGAGAUGCCUAAGAAGGCUGGUACGACGAACAAGGGUAAAAGCCAGAGCAAGGAAUCAGAGAGACCACUUCCUUCCUUAGGUCCUGUGGGAGUUGAUCCUAAAGGUUGUGUCACCAUAGCCAUCCAUGCCAAACCUGGCUCCAAACAAAAUGCUAUAACAGAUCUGACAGCUGAAGCUGUAAAUAUAGCUAUCGCAGCACCUCCGUCAGAGGGAGAGGCCAACGCUGAGCUCUGCCGCUAUCUUUCCAAGGUUUUAGAACUCAGGAAGAGCGAUGUCGUUCUGGAUAAGGGUGUUAAGUCUCGUGAAAAGGUGGUGAAGAUUUUGGCCUCCACAACUCCAGAAGAGAUCUUAGAAAAGUUAAAAAAGCAAGCUGAAAAUAAAUAGAGGCAAGAAACAAAAAA